CAUGCGAGCACCUGAGGCUUCGGGCCUGGUCUGGGACUGUGGGGCUCAAACCUCCCACCAAGCUCAGUGGCCCCAAGGCUUCGAGAGUCUUUGAAGACCAAAGGAGUGGGGGUUGGGGGCGCGGUGGGCAGAUGACUCCCUGCUGGAAAAUGAUCAAAGACCAACAUGGAACCGGACUCAUGCUUACGAAUGGUGAGGUCACUUGCGUGUGCGCUUGUGAGGAAGGGUCACGGUUCCGCGAGCGGCCCGGCGGCCUCGCGCUUCCCAGCCAUGGCCUUGGAGACAACAGGCGGCAGCCCCCCGCCCAAGCAAGGUCGGCUCAAAGGCGUGACCUCCGGCCCGCUGUCGCUCAGGCGGGAGGGGGCGGGGCCGUGCGAGCCGUCCAAUCAGGGGAGCCGCCGGAGCCGUACGUGCGGGCGACGCGCCGUGGACGCCGUGGACGGUGAGGGCCGUGUGCGGUGGCUGCUGUGCGGCCGAGCCUCGCACCCGCAGGCGCCGUCCUUGAGGGCUUCGGGAGGUUCCGCCGCGUCCUGGGUCGCCGCGACCUGCGCUGGCCGCGGCAGCCGGAUGGUGGGCGACCCGGCACCCCGGAAACCGAGCGAUGAUUCCUAGUGCUGUCUCAUCCAUCCUCCUCCACACGUAUGUGGGAUGUUUUAGGACGCAGUGGCCUUUGAGGAUGUGGCUGUAAACUUCACCCUGGAGGAAUGGGCUCUGUUGGAUCCUUCACAGAAGAAACUCUACAGAGAUGUGAUGCGGGAAACCUUGAGGAACCUGGCCUCAGUAGGGAAAAAAUGGAAAGACCAUAACAUUGAUGAUCAGUACAGAAACCAGGGAAGAAAUCUAAGGAAUCCUAUGGUAGAGAGGCUCCAUCAGAGUAAAGAAGGUGGUCCGUGCGGAGGAAACUUCAGGCUUAUUCCGCAUCUUAAUCUGAACAAGAAAACUUCUCCCGAGGUAAAACCGUGGGAGUGCAGCGCGUGUGGAAAAGUCUUUAUGCGCCAUUCGUCCCUUAAUAGGCAUAAGAGAUCUCACACUUCGCCAAAGCCAUACAAGUAUCAGGAGUAUGGAAGAAAGCCUUAUAAAUGUAAAGAGUGCGGAAAAGCUUUCAGUUAUCUCCAGCCUUUUCAAAAACAUGAAAGAAACCACAGCGUGGAGAAAUCUUACAAAUGUAAGGAAUGUGGGAAAUCCUUUCGAUAUCGCCAGUCUGUUCGAAAACACGAAAGGACUCACACCGGAGAGAAACCCUAUCAGUGUAAACAGUGUGGAAAGGCCUUUAGAUAUCAUCAGACCUUUCAGACACAUGAAAGGACGCACACAGGGGAGCAGCCCUAUCAGUGCAAGCAGUGCGGGAAGGCCCUCAGCUGUCCCAGCUCCUUUCGAAGUCACGAGAGGACUCACACGGGAGAGAAACCUUACGAAUGUAAAAAGUGUAGUAAAGCCUUCAGUUGUCCCAGCUCUCUUCGAAAACAUGAGAGAACUCACACCGGAGAGAAACCCUAUGACUGUAAGGAAUGCGGGAAAGCCUUCAUUUCUCUCGGGAGCUUUCAAAGACACAUGAUCACACACACUGGAGUCGGACCUUAUAAAUGUAAGGAGUGCGGGAAGGCAUUCAGCUGUCCCAGUUCGUAUCGAAUACACGAAAGAUCUCACACCGGAGAGAAACCCUACGAAUGUAAGCAGUGUGGUAGAGCCUUUAGUUGUUCCAGUUCCUUCCGAACACACGAAAGAACUCACACUGGAGAGAAACCCUAUCAGUGUAAAGAAUGCGGAAAAGCCUUCCAUUGGCUCACCACGUUUCAAGUGCAUGUGAGAACUCACACUGGAGAGAAGCCCUACAUAUGUAAGCUGUGCGGGAAAGCCCUCAGUUGUCCCACGUCCUUCCGAAGACACGAAAGGACUCACACCGCGGAGAAGCCCUACGAGUGUAAACAGUGUGGGAAGACCUUCAGCUCUCCUCUAGGUUUGCAAAUACACGGGAGAACUCACACUGGCGAGAAACCCUAUAAAUGUGAGGAAUGUGGGAAGGCCUUCGUUUCCCUCACCAGUUUUCGCAGACAUAUGAUGACACACACUGGAGACGGACCUUAUAAAUGUAAGGAAUGUGGGAAAGCCUUCAAUUGCCCCAGCUCCUUCCGGAUACACGAAAGAACUCACACGGGAGAGAAACCCUAUGAAUGUAAAAUAUGCGGUAAAGCCUUCAGUUGUUCAAGUUAUGUUCAGGUACAUGAAAGAACUCACACGGGAGAGAAACCCUAUGUAUGUAAGGAAUGCGGGAAAGCCUUCGUUUAUCGUACAACCUUUCGAGGACACAUGAGAGUGCACACUGGAGAGAAACCUUAUAAAUGUAAAGAAUGUGGGAAAGCCUUCAGUCGACCCAGUUCGUUUAGAAGCCAUGAAAGAAUUCACACUGGAGAGAAACUUCUUGAAUGUAAACACUGUGGGAAAGCCUUCAAUUGGCCCACAUCCUUACAUAAACAUGUGAUGAGAAUGCACACAAGAUAGGUAAAUUGUAACUGAAAAGUACACGAAAGCAUUCAGUCUU